GCUCGUAUGUCAUCCGUGACUUUGUCAUAGUAAUUAUGGUAAACAUCACAAACGAACAAUAAUGCAUAUUACAACAAAUGAUUACUUCGUGCCAAAAGCUUUCAUUCUCAAUACAUUUUACGGCGAAAAGACUUGUUUCUGUUGGAACGAGAACAAGCUUGUAAUAUUUCCAUACGCGAACAAUGAUUUCGUUCAUCUUGACGUUUUGACAGCUCCGGCAUCGAUAAAAAACAUACAGUGUUUCGAAGGUAGAGCUUUUCUAAUUUGUUCCCCACGAGGAAUAUAUAAAGUUUCGAAAGACCGGGAAUUCGCAAUUUUAAGUAAGAAUGCAAUUGGAGUAGGUACUGUCUUUUACGAAGUAUUGAAACCAAGGAAUGAGUAUCUCUAUUUAGAUAAUAAACAAAAAAUGACAAGUAAAGUAUUGCUUCAAAUUUCUUCAGAGGAAAGCGAUUCGAUCAACUUAUGCUGCGUUUAUCCCAUGGAUACAAAAAAUACUACAGAACAGUUUAUAAGUACCAUAACAAAUAAGGAUUCUACUGUAAAAAAUUUAUGCAUAAUUGCAAUUGGAAAAAGAGUUCUAACGUUAGUAAAUGAAACUGUAGAAAUUAUAUAUAGUAGUAUUUAUUCUAUUAGGGAUAUUAUACCGGUACAAACAAAUUCUAAGGUCGCUGGAUUACUUUUCAUCACUAGUAUGGAUAUUAUUGUUAUGCAUUCAAAAGAUAAUAAACUUACUUUUGAAACAAUUUUUUUGGGAAUAACCUUACAAGCCGUUUGUGCUAAUUUUAGCCAAUUGUCCAAAGAUACGUUAUUGCUUGUUUAUUCGGACAAAUCUAAAUUAUAUUAUGGAAAAAAACGAUUAUUAGUCGAUAACAUUCAACGAAUGAGCAUUCAAGGUGAAAGCUUUAUUUGCCUGCAAUGUUACGAUUCGAAAACAAUGGUAGGGUUGACCACGGAUAAACAACUAAUAGAGUUUUCUAUAGAUACAGUGGAAAGAACAUUAUCCACUGAAAAUGAUACUCUUAUCAACCUUCAUUCUGACAUGUUAAAAGGCACUAAUCUUAUAAUGGAUAAGAUUUAUAAAGGAACUCAAGAACUACAUAGAUUAAAUCAAGUAUUAAUAACGGAAGAAGAUAAAUUAAGAAGAAUAAGUUUAUAUGCUCAUGGGCAUAGAGUUCAAUUUUGUCCAAAACUAUUGAUACAUAGGAUAGCUAAUAGAUCAUUCCUGUCUGCAAAUUUUGAUGAUGUACUACCAAAGAAUAGUUGGAUUGUUCUUAAUUUAAAAUCAGAAUGCCAAAAUAUAUAUUGUAUAAAAAAAGUAGUAGAGCAGGAGACUACAGUUGAUAUGUACAUACCCGAAGGCGACACAGUAAAUUUCUUGCAAGUUACAAUGGAUUUAAUUGCUUUUAAAGAGGAAGCAUAUCCCUGGUGUCUCAUAAAGAAUUAUAUAGCUCCUAAAAAAAAUACGAAGAGAAAAACAAGAUCAGCCAAGACAGAUUUUGUAAAUUCUAAAAUUGAAAUGAUCGAAAGUAUGAUAAAAGAACGGAACAUCGAUAUGAAAAAAUUAUCUGAAAUUAAAAAAAGUGUAAGAAGACAAUUUAAUUAGCAAAGCAUAAAAUUUACGUUGGACGCUUGCGACGAAGGAAUCCCCGUUUUAACACGUUGAUUGCCAGUCCAAAACUGGCUUCGCUAAAAUUUAUUUUCUUUCGCGAUUCAAUUUGAGAAUUAAUUGUUUUAAUGCCACUAUUAAAAGUUCUGUC